AUGAAACCAGGAGGCUUUUGGCUGCAUCUCACACUGCUUGGAGCCUCCCUGCUGGCUGUGCUGGGAUGGAUGGGCCCAGGAGCCAACAGAGGACUGAAUGUGGAUGUGGGAGAGUCCCCGGCGGAGGGAUCCAGAAGCCUUGAGGUCACAAGAAGAGAAGGGCUUUCUGGUCACGACGGGCUGCCGGCCUCCUGCCAGAAGUUGUUCUGCGGCCGUGGGAGCAGGUGCACACUCAGCAGGGAGACGGGGGAGCCCGAGUGCCGGUGCCUGGAGGCCUGCAGGCCCAGCUACGUGCCCGUGUGCGGCUCCGACGGGAGGGUGUAUGAAAACCACUGUGAGCUCCACCGUGCUGCUUGCCUGCUGGGGAAGAAGAUCGCCAUCGUCCGCAGCAAGGGCUGUUUCCUUAAAGGUGACCCGUGCACCAUGGCCGACUACGCCCGCCUGAAGAAGGUCCUGCUGGCACUGCAGACCCGCCUCCAGCCACUCCACCAAGAGGACAGCAGACAAGACCCUGCCUUCCAGAAGCGCCUCCUGGUGGAAUCUCUGUUUAAGGACUUGGAUGCAGACGGGGACGGCCACCUCAGCAGCUCCGAACUGGCCCAGCACGUGCUGAAGGAGCAGGACCUGGAGGAGGACUUCCUGGGGUGCUCGCCGGGCGACCUCCUGCGAUUUGAUGACUACAACAAAGACGGCCUCCUGACCCUCCACGAGUUCUACACAGCCUUCCAGGUGGUGCAGCUCAGCCUCGCCCCUGAGGAGAGGGUCAGUGUGGCCACAGUGACCGUGGGCCUGAGCACAGUGCUGACCUGCGCCAUCCGCGGAGACCUGCGACCACCCAUCGUCUGGAAGCGCAAUGGGCUGGCCCUGAACUUCCUGGAUUUGGAAGACAUCAAUGACUUCGGAGAGGAUGACUCCCUCUACAUCACCAAGGUGACCACCAUCCACAUGGGCAAUUACACCUGCCACGCCUCCGGCUACGAGCAGCCGUUCCAGACCCACGUCCUGCAGGUGAAUGUGCCACCUGUCAUCCGCGUCUAUCCGGAGACCCAGGCACAGGAGCCUGGGGUGGCAGCCAGCCUGAGAUGUCACGCAGAGGGCAUUCCUAUGCCCAGAAUCACCUGGCUUAAAAAUGGCAUGGAUGUCUCAACCCAGAUGUCGAAACAGCUUUCCCUUUUAGCCAAUGGGAGCGAACUCCACAUCAGCAGUGUUCGGUAUGAAGACACAGGAGCCUACACUUGCAUUGCCAAAAAUGAAGUGGGCGUGGAUGAAGACAUUUCCUCCCUUUUCAUCGAAGACUCGGCUAGAAAGACCCUUGCAAACAUUCUAUGGCGAGAAGAAGGCCUCAGUGUGGGAAACAUGUUCUACAUCUUCUCCGACGAUGGCAUCAUCAUGCUGCACCCCGCAGACUGUGAGAUCCAGAGGCUCCUCAAACCCACGGAGAAGAUCUUCAUGAGCUACGAAGAAAUCUGUCCUCAGAGGGAAGGAGGCACCACUCAGCCCUGCCAGUGGGCGUCGGCAGUGAACGUCAGGCACCGCUACAUCUAUGUGGCCCAACCUGUGCUGAGCAGAGUCCUCGUGGUCGACGUGCAGGCCCAGAAAGUCCUCCAGUCCAUAGGUGUCGACCCUCUGCCAGCUAAGCUGUCCUAUGACAAAUCACAUGACCAAGUGUGGGUCCUGAGCUGGGGGAAUGUGCAGAAGUCCCAACCAAGCCUCCAGGUGAUCACGGAGGCCAGCACCGGCCAGGGCCAGCACGUCAUCCGCACACCCUUCACAGGAGUGGACGAUUUCUUCAUUCCCCCAACAAACCUCGUCAUCAACCACAUCAGGUUCGGCUUCAUCUUCAACAAGUCUGACCCUGCAGUCCACAAAGUCGACCUGGAAACGCUGAUGCUCCUUAAGACCAUCGGGCUGCAGAGCCACGGCUGCCUGCCGCAGGCCAUGGCCCACACCCACCUGGGCGGCUACUUCUUCAUCCAGUGCCGACAGGACCGCUCCUCUCCCGCCAGCCCGCAGCUGCUGAUGGACAGUGUGACGGACGCGGUGGUCGGCCCCAACGGCCGCGUUACCGGCACCCCACACACAUCCCCCGACGGGCGCUUCGUGGUCAGCGCCGCCGCCAGCAGCCCCCGGCUGCACGUGCAGGAGAUCACGCUGCGGGGGGAGAUCCAGACCCUCUAUGACCUGAAAGUGAGCCAGGGCGUCUCCGCCGUGGCCUUCCAGCGCUCCUUCACCCAGGGCGACCAGUACUACGUGUACGCUGCGCUGGAGACGGAGCCGCACCUGCUGUUCCUGGAGCUGUCCACCGGGAAGACGCGCGUGCUGCAGGGCUUGCCGGCGCCGCCCGCGGGGCCAGCCCCGCCCUGGGCAGGGCCCCGCAGGAUCGUGAGGGACAGCGGGCUGUUCGGGCAGUACCUCCUCACGCCCGCCCGGGAGUCGCUGUUUCUCAUCAACGGGAGGCAAAACGCGCUGCGCUGUGAGGUGGCGGGCGUAAAGGGGGGGACCACGGUGGUGUGGGUGGGCGAGGUAUGAAGCAGCACGGAGCACCGCCUGGUCCUGACACCGCAGCCCCAAGCAGGCGCCCUGUACAUUUCUACAGACAAAAGCAAAAACCUGUAUUCGCUUUGUGGUUCAACACUGGUCUCCUUGCAAGUUUCCUAGUAUAAGGUAUGCGCUGCUAACGAGAUCGGGGUUUUUCGUUAGGACGUAUGAUUUCUGCCUUGAGCUAUGAUGAGCUACGAUGAGAGAACAUGCUGCCGUGUAAAGGAAUUAUGUCUGCGCCCAGCUACGCGCCACGUGACCUGGGCCGCCGUGGAACCAGGAGCUCCUGCUCUCCAGGCGGACGCUUCUGUCGGUUGCCUUCGCCUCGUCAUUCUUUACCGCUGGGUCCAGCCAGACUUCACCCUGAGGGAGUGGCCUGAAGCAGGGCCUGGAGACACAGGCUCCCAGGAGCAGGGCUCUCCCUCCUGGCGUGAGCGCCACAUCCGCCCUCGCUCUGGACCUCAUUUUCUCCUUCGCAGCUGCUUCUUGCUUUUCUUUCCAUUUGACUUGUUGUAAGACUGAGGGAGAACCAACAAGACUUAUUGCAUCUUGGGGGAUGGGGA